GAUGACGUUCAGCAGAUGAACCCUCCCAAGUUCGACAUGAUUGAGGACAUGGCCAUGUUAACCAACUUGAAUGAAGCUUCUGUGUUAUACAAUCUCCGCCGGCGAUACAAUAACUGGAUGAUCUAUACCUACUCAGGGUUGUUCUGUGUGACAGUGAACCCAUACAAGUGGCUUCCGGUGUAUAGUCCUCCCGUGGUCGCUGCCUACAAGGGCAAGAGACGCUCAGAGGCCCCACCACAUAUCUACUCCAUUGCCGACAAUGCAUACAACGACAUGGUCCGUAAUCGGGAGAACCAGUCAAUGUUGAUUACCGGUGAGUCUGGAGCUGGGAAAACUGUCAACACGAAACGUGUUAUUCAGUACUUUGCAAUUAUAGCUGCCAUGGGCGAUGGAGGUGGAAAGAAGGGUACUCUAGAGGACCAGAUCAUUGAGGCAAACCCGGCGAUGGAAGCUUUUGGCAACGCCAAGACCUUAAGAAAUGACAACUCUUCCCGUUUUGGGAAGUUUAUUCGGAUUCACUUUGGUCCUACAGGGAAACUGGCAUCAGCUGAUAUUGACAUCUAUCUUCUAGAAAAAUCUCGGGUAAUCUUCCAGCAACCUGGAGAAAGGAGUUAUCACAUUUAUUACCAGAUCUUUUCUGGCAAAAAGCCUGAGCUCUUUGAUAUGUUGCUAGUGAGUAACAAUCCCUUUGACUAUCAUUUCUGCUCACAAGGAGUUGUUACAGUCGACAAUGUAGAUGACGGGGAGGAAUUGGCAGCAACUGAUCAUGCCAUGGACAUCCUCGGCUUCGAAGCUGAUGAGAAAUACGGCUGUUACAAAAUCGUUGGAUCGAUCAUGCACUUUGGAAACAUGAAAUUCAAACAGAAACAACGGGAGGAGCAAGCAGAGCCAGAUGGCACUGAAAAUGCUGAUAAAGCUGCUUAUCUGAUGGGAUUGAGUUCGGCUGACCUCCUGAAGGCCCUUGUUCACCCUCGAGUCAAAGUCGGCAACGAGUAUGUGACCAAGGGACAAACGGUGGCUCAGGUACUCUAUGCUGUGGGUGCCCUUGCAAAGGCUACUUAUGAUCGAAUGUUUAAGUGGCUGGUUUUCCGUAUUAACAAGACCUUGGACACUAAGUUUGCCAGGCAGUACUUCAUCGGAGUGUUGGACAUUGCAGGCUUCGAAAUAUUUGAAUACAACAGUUUUGAGCAGCUCUGCAUCAAUUUUACGAAUGAGAAACUGCAACAGUUUUUCAACCACCACAUGUUUGUGUUGGAGCAGGAGGAGUACAAGAGAGAGGGGAUCGACUGGGUCUUCAUUGAUUUUGGCCUUGAUCUUCAAGCUUGUAUCGAUCUGAUUGAAAAGCCAUUGGGCAUUCUCUCGAUCCUUGAGGAGGAGUGUAUGUUCCCGAAAGCCACUGAUAUGUCAUUCAAAGCGAAACUGUAUGACAACCACUUGGGGAAAUCACCCAAUCUGCAAAAACCACGGCCUGACAAAAAACGCAGAUAUGAGGCUCAUUUUGAGUUGGUUCAUUAUGCUGGAGUGGUCCCUUACAAUAUUAUUGGAUGGCUUGACAAGAACAAGGAUCCAUUAAAUGAGACUGUAGUGGCAGUUUUCCAGAAAUCUUCGAACAAACUGUUGGCAUCGUUGUAUGAAUCAUACAUUAGCGCUGAAGCAGCCAUAGAGCAGAGCAAGAGUGGCGCAAAGGAAAAACGCAAGAAAGCUGCCUCUUUCCAGACUGUCUCUCAGUUGCAUAAAGAGAACCUCAACAAACUGAUGACCAACUUGCGAUCCACUCAGCCCCACUUUGUGCGAUGCAUCAUUCCCAAUGAAACCAAGACUCCAGGUGCAAUCGACCCAUUCUUGGUCCUUCACCAGCUGCGGUGUAACGGUGUCCUGGAAGGAAUCCGAAUUUGCCGGAAAGGCUUCCCGAACAGAGUACUUUAUGCUGACUUCAAACAGCGUUUUGGAACCAGAGAUGCGCUACUUGUUAUUCAGUGGAACAUUCGUGCUUUCAACGCAGUGAAGAAUUGGUCCUGGAUGAAGCUCUUCUUCAAGAUUAAACCUCUACUGAAGAGCGCAGAGACUGAGAAAGAGAUGGCAAAUCUGAAAGAUGAGUUCUUGAAGUUGAAAGAGGCUCUGGUCAAGUCUGAGGCCAAACGCAAGGAGCUGGAGGAGAAGCAAGUCACUCUGAUCCAAGAGAAGAAUGAUCUGUCCCUUCAGCUACAGGCGGAGCAAGACAAUCUUGCUGAUGCAUCAGAGAGAUGUGACCUUCUGAUCAAAGCUAAGAUCCAGUUGGAAGCGAAAGUGAAGGAGCUAACAGAGCGACUGGACGAUGAGGAGGAGAUGAAUGCAGAACUGACUGCCAAGAAACGCAAACUCGAGGAUGAGUGUGCAGAAUUGAAGAAAGACAUUGAUGAUUUGGAAAUCACACUAGCCAAAGUAGAAAAAGAGAAACAUGCAACAGAAAAUAAGGUUAAAAAUCUUACGGAAGAAAUGGCUUCUCUCGAUGAAACGAUUGUGAAACUCACCAAAGAGAAGAAGGCACUUCAGGAAGCCCAUCAACAGACCCUGGAGGACCUGCAGGCUGAGGAAGACAAGGUUAACACCCUGACCAAAGCCAAGGCCAAACUAGAGCAACAAGUCGAUGAUCUCGAAGGGUCUUUGGAACAAGAGAAAAAAGUCCGCAUGGAUUUGGAACGGGCCAAGCGAAAACUGGAGGGAGAUUUGAAACUAACACAUGAGUCUGUCAUGGAUUUAGAGAAUGAUAAACAGCAGCUGGAGGAGAGGCUGAAAAAGAAGGACUUUGAAAUAAGUCAGUUAAACUCAAAGAUUGAGGAUGAAGGGGCUCUUGUUGCUCAGCUCCAGAAGAAGAUUAAAGAACUGCAGGCUCGAAUUGAAGAGCUUGAGGAGGAGUUGGAAGCAGAACGCGCUGCAAGGGCCAAGGUGGAGAAGCAAAGGGCAGAUGUGUCCCGGGAGCUGGAGGAGUUGAGUGAGAGGUUGGAGGAAGCAGGAGGAGCAACGUCAGCACAGGUGGAGAUGAACAAGAAACGGGAAGCGGCCUUCCUGAAACUUCGGAGGGAUCUGGAAGAGGCAACACUGCAACACGAGGCAACGGCAUCAGCUCUAAGGAAGAAGCAGUCUGAUACGGUGGCAGAACUGAGUGAGCAGAUUGACAACCUGCAAAGGGUUAAACAGAAACUGGAGAAAGAGAAGAGUGAACUUAAAAUGGAGACAGAUGAUUUAAAUUCCAGCAUUGAACAAAUUACAAAAGCAAAGGCCAACUCGGAGAAGUUGUGCAGAACGUAUGAAGAUCAACUAAAUGAAGCAAAUACCAAAGUUGGAGAACUUCAGCGACAAGUGGCGGAUCUAGCUUCACACAAAGCCAAACUGCAGAGUCAGAACGGGGAGUACAGCAGGCAACUGGAAGAAAAGGAAGCUCUCAUUAACCAGUUAAGCCGUGGCAAGGUGUCCUUCACACAAAGUAUUGAAGAGUUGAGAAGACAACUGGAAGAAGAGACCAAAUCCAAGAAUGCUCUCGCUCAUGCUCUGCAUGCUUCACGACACGACUGUGACCUUCUGAGAGAACAGUAUGAGGAGGAACAAGAGGCAAAGGCUGAACUACAGAGGGCGCUGUCCAAGGCAAAUGCUGAGGUGGCCCAAUGGCGUAACAAAUAUGAAACCGAUGCAAUCCAGAGGACAGAGGAACUGGAAGAAGCCAAGAAGAAGUUGGCGAUUCGUCUCCAAGAAGCAGAGGAGUCUGUGGAAGCAGUAAACGCCAAAUGCUCCUCACUGGACAAGACAAAACAUCGGCUGCAGACAGAAAUUGAGGACUUGACGAUCGACCUGGAGAGAGCAAACUCAGCUGCUCUGGCUUUUGACAAGAAGCAACGAAACUUUGACAAGAUGAUCGCUGACUGGAAGCAGAAAUUUGAGGAGGCUCAGGCUGAACUGGAGGCAUCACAGAAGGAAGCUCGUAGCCUGAGCACUGAGCUCUUUAAACUGAAGAAUGCCUAUGAGGAGUCACUGGACCACUUGGAGACUCUCAAACGAGAGAACAAGAACCUUCAAGAUGAGAUCACAGACCUGACUGACCAGAUCAGUGAAGGAACUAAAACCGUCCAUGAGCUGGAGAAAGUGAAGAAGAACCUGGAACAGGAGAAGAGCGAGGUGCAGGGUGCAUUGGCAGAGGCAGAGGGUGCUCUUGAACACGAGGAGAGUAAAACCCUGAGGAUCCAACUUGAGCUCUCACAGAUCAAAGCUGAGGUUGAACGCAAACUGGCAGAAAAGGACGAAGAAAUUGAUGGUCUACGGCGGAACCAUCAGCGAACUGUUGAACUGAUGCAGGCAGCUCUUGAUUCUGAGGCAAAGGCCAGAAAUGAAGCUCUUCGGUUAAAAAAGAAAAUGGAGGGUGAUCUGAAUGAAAUGGAACUGCAGCUGAAUCAUGCCAACAGGCAAGCCGCUGAAUCCCAGAAACUAUACCGAAACCUUCAGGUCCAGUUUAAGGACAUCCAAUUGGAACUUGAUGAAACCAUUCGGCAGAAAGACGAUUACAAGGAACAAAUUGCAGUGGCUGAACGACACAGCAACCUGUUGAUGGCGGAACUUGAAGAACUGCGUGCAGUUCUUGAACAGUCAGAGAGGGGCAGGAAACUGGCCGAGCAGGAAUUAUUGGAGGCAACUGAACGUGUGAACCUAUUACAUUCACAGAACACUGGUCUCAUUAAUCAGAAAAAGAAACUGGAGAAUGACAUUAAUUCUCUGAGCUCUGAGGUAGAAGAAGCAGUACAAGAAUGUCGGAAUGCUGAGGACAAAGCUAAGAAGGCGAUAACGGAUGCUGCAAUGAUGGCUGAGGAAUUGAAGAAGGAACAGGAUACCAGUGCACAUCUUGAGAGGAUGAAAAAGAACAUGGAGCAGACAACAAAAGACUUGCAGCUGCGUCUAAAUGAAGCUGAACAGAUCGCACUGAAAGGAGGCAAGAAACAGAUCCAGAAACUGGAGUCAAGGGUGAGGGAACUGGAGUCUGAGCUUGAGACUGAACAGAGAAAAAAUGCAGAGUCCCUGAAAGGCCUUCGAAAGUAUGAGCGCAGAAUUAAGGAGCUGACCUACCAGGGUGAGGAGGACAGGAAGAGCAUCAUUUGUAUGCAAGACCUCAUUGAUAAACUGCAACUGAAAGUGAAGAACUACAAGCGGCAGGCUGAAGAGGCUGAGGGAAAUGCCAGCACAAACCUCAGCAAAUACAGGACAUUGCAGCAUGAGCUGAAUGAUGCGGAGGAACGUGCUGAGAUAGCUGAAUCUCAAGUCAACAAGCUGCGAGCCAAAACCCGGGACAUCAAGGUAUAAAAGAAACCAGUCAGCUUCAUUCUGGACAAACAAGAUUUACUUGUAGAGUCAGAGUCGUACAGCACGAAAACAGACCCUUCGGUCCAACCAGUCCA